AUGACUGAUUCUCAAGCAUCUUCACAUUGUCCAUCACCAAUGGAAACGUCUUCAUCCGACAUUAUAUUAUCUGCAACUCACGAUAAUGAAUUUAUGCAUAUUUCUAUACAACCUUCACAAAAUGAGAUUCGUUCUCCAUGUGAUAUUUGUUGUGUUGUUGAUACAUCAGGUUCAAUGUCAGAUGCAGCAGAAAUUCAAAAUGAUAAACAUGAGCAUUAUGGACUAUCUCAGUUAGAUUUGGUUAAACAUGCACUUAAAACAAUUAUAAAUUCUCUUCAAGAUCAAGAUCGACUAUCACUUAUUUCAUUUUCUGAUAAAGCUAAAACCUUAUUUAAAUUAACAGCAAUGGAUGAAGCUGGAAAAACAAAAGCUUUAAACGAAGUUGAAAAAUUACGGAGUGAUGGAUCCACAAACUUAUGGGAUGGUCUUCGAACUGGUCUUGAACUUCUAGCUAAACAACAAGAUUCUAUUCGAAGUAUUUCAGCUUUGUUUCUUCUCACUGAUGGUUGUCCUACGGAAAUACCCGAAGGUGGUCAUCUAGAAUCAUUAGAAAAACUUAAGAAAAAAAUUAAUUUCACUUGUACUAUUAAUACAUUUGGCUUCGGAUAUCAGUUGGAUAGUAAAUUACUUGAAGAUAUUUCCAUAUUAGGUAAUGCUGGUUCAUAUGCAUUUAUUCCUGAUGGAGGAUUCGUUGGAACAAUCUUUGUUAAUGCUAUUUCGACAUUAUUAACAACAACAGCAACUAAUGUACAGUUCUUGAUUCAUGAUGUACAUAUUGAAGACUCUGAUUACACUCGUUGGUACUCGAUAAGUAAAAAUAAACAAGGUACUUUAUUCGAUUUGGGUUCUAUUACAUAUGGUCAAAGCAAAGAUUUACUUAUUCCAUAUUCUCAUCAACUGUCGACUCAAUGUAACUUCACUUUGACAUAUAACAAUGCACGAAACAUUAAGAAAACUAUUGAAUUUCAAGUGUCGAACAAUCUUCAACAGGCUAAUCCAAAUCUAAUCCGUCAACAGAAAUUUCGUUUACAAUUUGUUCAUUCAGUACGGACAGCAUUAGAACACAUGCGUCAAAUAAAAACAAACGUAACAGAAGACAAACAGGAACAUGAAGAAGCAAUCAACCAAAUUGAAAAAUUAGAAAACGAUAUGAAGAGUUAUGCAGAUGAAACAGAUAAAUAUAUUAAAGAUUUAUUUAGUGAUUUAACAGGACAAGUAAAAGAAGCUAUUGGAAAAAUGGAAUGGUUCAAAAAAUGGGGUGUGCAUUUUUUGCCUAGUUUAACACGUGCACAUCUUCUUCAAUUUUGUAACAAUUUUAAAGAUCCAGGUGUUCAACAUUACGGAAAGGGUUUACUUUUCUCACAAAUACGAGAUGAAAUGGAUGAUAUAUUUUGUAGUUUACCAGCUCCAAAACGUACGGAGACUGAUGCUACUAUAGAUAUGUCAGUUUUUCAUAAUGCAUCUGCUGGAUGUUUUUAUGGAGAAUGUACUGUACGUCUUAUGAAUGGUUCUUUGAAAUUAGUAAAAGAUGUUCAACCUGAUGAUCGAUUAGCACCACAUGGUGGAAUGGUAAAAUUUGUUGUGAAAACAAUAUGUAAAAAUCGAAAAGCUAAAAUGGUUAUAGUUGAAAAUAACUUAAUUAUUACUGCUUGGCAUCCUAUUCGCGCGAAUCAACAAUGGAUUAUGCCUUGUACACUUGUCUCAUCACCCAAUGAGAUUUCUUGUGAAGCUGUAUAUAAUUUUGCACUCGAUCAAGGUCAUACAGUAUUAGUAAACGAUGUUGAAUGUGUCACUUUAGGUCAUGGAUUUCAAGAAGAUAUUGUACGUCAUGCAUAUUAUGGAAGUCAACGAGUAAUUAAAGAUUUAGAGAAGUUGAAUAUGCAACAAAAGAAUGGAGGAAUAAUUGAAAUUAGUGAGGAAAUGUUACAACGUAAGAAUAAAACUGGUCUUGUAAAUGGAUUACAGUGGCAAGAAAUAUUAGUUCAAUGA